CAUUCUCGUUAUUCAUGAUUUUUCCUUAUUUUGUACGAAAUAUGCGAUACUUGAAAAAAGAAUGGGAUGUCAUUGGACUGGAAAAAAUGAGAAGGAGGAACGAUUUUGCGAGAGUUCAGGACGCGGUGGUUGCUUGGAUAAUUGGAAUGCUGGUGUUGUUGAUAGUUUUGGGUUUUCUUUGGAUUAGAGGAUGGAGCAUUUGGCAAAAGAAAAAGAUCUCGGCAGUUAUUAAUAAUCAACUAGCAGAUUUCGUCAUAAUUGAACAAUUAGAUUUUGCAACUGAAACAAAAUCACAGCGAAAAUUGAACACUAUUUCAGAAAUUUCUAUAAAACCAACAUCCCGUACAAAUACAACACUAAACAACAGCAUUCAAAAUCAGAGUAGUAAUAGUAGCAGUAUUAAUAUUGAUGGAAGUGGUAUAUGGAGUGGUGGAUGUACCGAUGAAAAACGCGUCACUUUGAAGGUUGGACAACUUUUGCAGAUGUUACCGAGUGAGCAGAAACCAACAAAAUAUCAACAGAAACUCACUGCGAACGAAUGGUUCAACACCUGUCAGACGAAUGGUCUAUCAAACUCAAAAAAAAUACCUCUAAUCCUUCCAACAUCACCAACGUGGUCAGAUUCCGAAAUAGCAUUGGGUCAUGUCACGACGAAGACAAGGAACCUACGAUUGGUCGAUGAAAUGGAAUUGCAAGAAUUGGAAAUAGCAGAUAUUGCUUGUGGUGUAAACCACUCAACUGAUGGCCGUACGGCAAUGAGCAUAUAUAUGCGGGGGGCUCAAUUAUUGGAUCCAAAUGAAUAUACAUCAAAAACCAUCCUAAUUCCGUUCUUUGAAAAUAUUAUAACAGCUCGCGGCAAGCAUGCACUACUCAAGUGCGUUUUAGAAAACGGAGCAAAGAAAAUAGCAUCGAAUAAGGCUCCAGCACGUCGGAAGAUCUCAAACCUUUAG